AUGUCAUCAGCUCAAAAUAGAUUAAAACAAGUUGCUAAUAUAUUAACACCAAAAACAUCACCAAAUCCAAAAACUUCAUUAACUCCAGAUCAUCCUUUUAAAAUUUGUGUUAUAGGAUCAGGUAAUUGGGGUACAACAAUAGCAAAAGUAUUAGCUGAAAAUGCAUUAGCAAGGCCUCAUUUAUUUAGUCAUUAUGUUAAAAUGUGGGUAUUUGAAGAAAGAAUUGAUAAUGAUAAAAAAUUAACAGAUAUUAUAAAUAUUCAAAAUGUUAAUAUAAAAUAUUUACCAGGAGUAAAAUUACCAAGUAAUUUAAUUGCUGAACCUGAUUUAUUAAAAACUGUUGAAGGUGCUGAUUUAAUUGUUUUUAAUUUACCUCAUCAAUUUUUACCAAAAAUUUUAAAAACUUUAAAAGGUAAUGUACCUCCUACUGCAAGAGCUAUAUCAUGUUUAAAAGGUUUAGAAGUAAAUAAAGAUGGUUGUAAAUUAUUAAGUACAUAUAUUACUGAAGAAUUAGGUAUUACAUGUGGUGCAUUAUCAGGAGCUAAUUUAGCACCAGAAGUUGCAAGACAAAAAUGGUCAGAAACUACUAUUGGUUAUAAAUUACCUUCUGAUUUUAGAGGUGCUGGUAAAGAUAUUGAUCAAUAUGUAUUAAAAGCAGCUUUUCAUAGACCUUAUUUCCAUGUAAAUGUUAUACAAGAUGUUGCUGGUGUAUCAGUAGCUGGUGCUUUAAAAAAUAUUGUUGCAUUAGCUGUUGGUUUUGUUGAAGGUUUAGGAUGGGGAGAUAAUGCAAAAGCAGCAAUAAUGAGAGUUGGUCUUUUAGAAACAAUUAAAUUUUCAGAAACUUUUUUCCCAGAAUCAAAAGCUGAAACUUUUACUGCUGAAUCAGCAGGUGUAGCAGAUUUAAUUACAACUUGUUCAGGAGGUAGAAAUGUAAAAGUUGGUAGAUAUAUGGCACAAACUGGUGCAUCAGCAGAAGUUGCUGAAAAAAAAUUAUUAAAUGGUCAAUCAUCACAAGGUAUUGUUACUGCAAAAGAAGUUCAUGAAUUAUUAGAAAAUACUGAUAAAUUAGAUGAAUUUCCAUUAUUUGAAGCUACUUAUCAAAUUAUUUAUGGUUCUGAAUCAAUUGAAAAUUUACCAAAUUUAUUGAAUAAUAAUGCUUAA